AUGGAGAAGAUCUGCGUCGCUGUUCGACUUCGGCCUCCGGUUUCCCAAGAUUCCUUCAGUGGAAGCUUCUGGAAGGUUGAAGAGAACCGCAUCUCUCUUCACAGGAUCCAUGGCACUCCACUUUCUGGCUCUUCUUACGCUUUCGAUCAUAUAUUCGACGAAAGUAGCACGAAUGCUAGUGUCUACGAGCUCCUCACCAAGGAUAUCAUUCUUGCCGCGCUCGAUGGCUUCAACGGAACUGCAUUUGCUUAUGGACAGACAAGUAGUGGCAAGACCUUCACCAUGAAUGGUUCUGAGACUGAUCCAGGAGUGAUUCCUCAGGCAAUCAAAGAUGUGUUUGCGAAAAUUGAGACGAUGUCUGAUCGAGAGUUUCUAAUACGAGUUUCCUACAUGGAGAUCUAUAAUGAAGAAAUUAAUGAUCUUCUUGUUGUUGAAAAUCAGAAGUUGCAAAUUCAUGAGAGUUUGGAGCGUGGAGUAUUUGUUGCAGGUCUCCGAGAGGAAAUUGUUAAUAAUGCCGAACAAGUUCUAAAUCUCAUUAAAGCAGGGGAAGUUAACAGGCAUUUUGGUGAGACAAAUAUGAAUGUAAGGAGUAGCAGGUCGCAUACAAUAUUUAGAAUGGUGAUUGAAAGCAAAGGGAAGGAUUCCAAUUCUUCAAAUGAUUAUUCAAUUAGUGACGUUGUUCGAGUUUCAGUCUUGAAUUUAGUAGAUUUAGCUGGCUCUGAAAGGAUUGCUAAGACUGGAGCAGACGGAGUUCGUUUAAAAGAAGGAAAAUAUAUCAACAAGAGCCUGAUGGUUUUGGGAAAUGUUAUUAACAAACUAAGUGAGGGUUCGAAGCAAAGGGGGCAUAUCCCGUAUCGUGAUAGUAAAUUAACUCGUAUACUCCAACCUGCUCUUGGUGGUAAUGCCAAAACGUCCAUUAUUUGCACCAUAGCACCAGAAGAGAUUCACAUUGAAGAAACAAAGGGAACUCUUCAGUUUGCUAGUAGAGCCAAACGCAUAACGAAUUGUGCUCAAGUGAACGAGAUUUUAACGGAUGCAGCCUUGUUAAAGCGGCAACAGUUAGAGAUAGAGGAGCUACGUAAGAAACUUCAGGGAUCCCAUGCUGAGGUGCUCGAGCAAGAGAUUCUUAAACUCAGGAACGAUAUGCUCAAGUAUGAAAUGGAGCGUGGGAAGCUUGAAAUGGAACUACAAGAGGAGAGGAAAUCACGUGAUCAAUGGAUUAGGGAGCAACAGAUGAAAAUUGAAAACUCCAGCACUAAAUCUUUCUCAGACUGUGGGACAAACGGCAGUCAGGGACCGGGAUCUUUGAGGCACAGAUAUACGGAAGAGGACAAUGACAUUAAUAGUACAUCUCAAGGAGAUGCUUUUAAAUCUCCCUGUUUAAAGACAGCUCCGAAUUCUUUUGUUGCCAAGCGAUCAAAGUAUUCAACAUUGCCAGAUUAUAGCCCUCUUCCAGAUUCUUUCAGCAAUGUGAGCAAUGUGGCUGAUGAAGAUAUGUGGUUGAAAAUGAAUAAUGGUUAUGUUGCAGACCUUGAUUCACUUCAAAUUACUCCCACUCGAAAAGUUCACUCAUUCCCAGCAAGUGAUACAACUCCUGGUUGCAUAAGUGAAUUUGAAAAGUAUGAACGAGAGAUUCAAGAUUUGAGGAGACAAUUAGAACUUGCAAAUGAAAAGAUAAAUGAACUCGAGAGAAAGCAGUCAGACGAAGUACAAUCGAGCAAGCAAUUAAUGGGUGAGACACCUGAACAUCAACAAGAAACACGAUUGAUUCAAGAAUUGCCUCUGAGGUUAUCUAAAUCUGUGGAAAACUUCAAAGACAGCUUUGAGGGGGUUUUGUCAGUAAUGCAGAGAUUUGCAUCGGGUGGCAAAUUGUCGACUGCAAAGAUGCUUUCAACCAUGAGUGAAAUUAGUGCACAGCUGUUUGCAACUUUGGAAGCUCACUUUACAGUGAAUAUGGAUGGUGAAAGGUCUUCCUCGGGGAACUAUGCUUUAAUCCAUGAACAACAAAAAGUGUUUCAUGCGAGGAUGAAUAAUAUAAUUACAUCACUGGAGUUAUCAGAAAGCUCAAUAACAGGAGGGCAGGAGAAGAGUCCUUUGUGCAGCUGUAAACCUAAGGGCUCUGGUGUGGGAGGAGAAAUUGCUUACUCCAAGGAGGAUUUAAAUGAAAGAUGUGAAAAUCUGGAAAGGGAGUUACAACUUUUGAAGGAGGAAAGAGACUCUUUGCUGAAGAAGUUCUCUGAAUCAUACGAGAAGGAAAAUGCCUUGAAAGAUUUAAAUACUGAAGUACAGAGAAGGAAAAAUCUAGAAGGGGAGGUUAAGCAGUUUGCUGCAGCUUUUGCCUGUCGUCAGAAAUCACUCUUGUCCUUCCAUAGUGAACUUAAGACCAAAUUUGAGAAAUUGAGAGUCCAGACUCCAAUCUCUGUGCCCAAACCUUUUGGGUGUCAGGAUUCAGGACUAGAUAUGUUUUAA